CACGAUUACGCCGUGGACUACAAAACGCCUAAGUAUGGCAGGUGUCCAUCUCCGAGGUGGUAUACGUGCUACUUUUACACAAUGUCGGUCCUCUUCACUUCCAUCUCAGCUGGAAACACAGUAUCUACUGAAGAUGUACGAAGUACUUUUGCCAAGCUCAAUGUCAGCGUACCCGAGUCAGAAGAGGACGAUUAUCAGAAACUCCUCGCAGCUAUACAUGAUUGUGCCGAUACAGUAGCUGCGUUGCCUGACUUCCAUGCGUCAACAGACUUGGAGAGGUUCCCUAGAAAAAAUGUCCAGAGGCCCACUCUAGACGAGAAUGUACUUGGUCAUGCUUGGGCACAUACUUUUUCUAUCAAAGAUAAACAGCCAUCUGGACUUUUGACAGGCAAAACCGUCUGUCUCAAGGACUGUAUAUGUGUUGCUGGCGUUCCUCAACUCCUCGGUACCGACAUCAUCGACCCAUGGAUACCAGAAGCAGAUGCUACAGUCGUUCGCUGGGCCUUGGAAGCAGGGGUAGAGAUCGUUGGCACUGCACACUGUGAGAACUGGUGUCAGAGUACUUCAUCGUUCUCGAGUGCACAAGGUAUCGUCCACAAUCCGUACGCAGAGGGCUACUCAGCUGGAGGAAGUACAUCUGGAGCUGCAGCAUUGGUUGCUGGAGGUCUUGUCGACAUCGGCAUCGGAGCUGAUCAGGGUGGCAGUAUCAGAGUGCCUGCUUCACUCUGCGGAUGCGUUGGGCUGAAGCCAACUCAUGGUCUAGUACCAUACACUGGCAUUGCUAGCAAUGACCCUAUUGAUGACCACGCUGGUCCUCUAGCUCGGACUGUUGUGGAAGUUGCCGAAUGCUUGGAUGCCAUUAGCGGGUACGAUGGCAUAGAUGAUCGCAGUCUCGGUGCUCCCAAACAUGCUACUACCUCCUUCGCAGCCGAUUUGAAAUCGAUCGAUAGCGCGAAAGGUAUGCGAGUUGGCAUUCUCACUGAAGCUUUCGAGAUUGCGUUGCUGGAUAAAGAUGUCAAAAGCGUUGUCCUGUCUGCAGCAAACAAAUUCAAAGCUCUGGGUGCGACGGUAGAAGAAGUCUCCAUUCCUAUGCACCCGAUGGGUAAUGCUAUCUGGACGAUACAACAGCGUAUCUCCGGCUAUUUGGCUCUCCAAGGCCAGCAGACUGGUCGUCAUGGCUACGGUCUCACAGGUCUAGAGACGGCAAAGCUUCCCUGGACACAAGAGAAAUUCGACAAAUGCUUCCCAACCACAAAGAACAUCUUCUUGAACGGAAAAUACCUCAUCGACAGCUUCCCAGCCCUCUACCCAAAAGCACAAAAUCUAUGUCGUCAGCUCCGUCUUGCUUACGAGAAAGCCUUCGAGAAGUACGAUGUCCUCAUCACUCCCACGACUCCAUUUGUUGCUCCAAAACAUGGAGCUUUGACAACCCCAAUAGCUACCAUAGCACCGACUGUGGGACUGACGAGUAACACUGUUCAAUUUGAUGCUACAGGACAGCCUGCUAUGACGAUACCGAUUGGCUUCUUACCUGCGAAAGAGGACGAUAAGGUCAAGUUGCCAGUAGGCAUGCAGAUUAUUGGCGGAAUGUGGCAAGAUGGAAAAGUGCUACGAGCUGGUCACGCUUGGCAGAGUGCUUUUGACUGGAAGGCUUAAAUAUGCUGCGGCAGAAACUGAAUAUUGCUUACUUGCAUUAUCAGAGGUUUCAAUCUUGUUUAUAUAGAAUUGAUAAUCGUAAUAACAAGAAACUCCGGAUAGUAAUCUUUAGCGAG